AACACUCAAGAAGGAAAGCUGUAGAUGUUAGCUCUAUGUAAGGACCACACAGCUCAGCAGUGAAAUAUGGAGAGUUUAGUUGUUCUCUUAAGUUUGCUGAUUACUGGACUCGCUCAAACUGAAAACAUGUGCACAGAUCGCAGAUGUCUGGCUCAAAUGUUAAUAAGUAAACAAUAUUUAUCUUCACCUCAGUCUGAGAACUGCACCAUGCUUGUUGAGGUUCCCAUAAUUAGAUAUGAAACUCUGUCUGUUAACAUGAAGGAACUCCAUGUAAAGAGUCGUCUACAGGCUGACAUUAAAUGGAUAGACCCGGAGUUGGCCUGGAACACAUCAAUAUAUCCAUUUGAAAAAGUAAUAUUGCCUGUAGAUAAAGUGUGGACUCCAGAUAUAGCUAUAGAAAAUGGAGAGAGCACCAUGCAGCACAAUUCUCUGGAUCUAUUGGUGCAUAGUAAUGGUACAGUGCAGCACAAGGUCGUCGUAAUGGCAACGGUACAGUGUGAAAUCAACUUGUUCAACUAUCCGUUUGCUUUCGAUAAGUGCCCUGUUGGACUCAAAUCUACCCCACCAGAUGAGUGCGGGAUAGUCAUAGACGUUAACACUGUGACUUUAGGAAGCACUUCCCAUGGAGACUGGGAAACAGAAGAGGUUAAACUAGAGAAAAAGCGAGAAGACCGUAAUUAUAUCUCUGUGUAUCUCAGAAUCAGAGUCACCAACCCCUUCAUCACAUUACUCCUGCCUACUUAUCUGAUCAUGAUCGCAGAUAUUGUCAGCUGCGCUCUGCCAUUGCAAGGUGGCGAGCGCAACUCAUUCAAGGUAACUUUGGUGCUCAGCUUCACCAUGUUUCUGAACAUCCUCACCGAUGUUCUCCCUGGAGACAGCAAGUGCAGCCCAGUUAUCCGUAUCCAUUUCUGUGUUUGCCAAGUGCUGAUGGUGAUAAGCACGCUGGUGUCUAUGCUGUUGACAAGGGUGUCUCAAGAUGGAUUCUUCCUCUUCACCUUCUCCUUCAGUAGGUGUUCUCGUCAAAAUGCAGGAGGCAACGAAGAAAACGAUGAAGCAGCAGAAGCCAAGGGUGCCAUCAGCAUCAUUCAGCAUGAUGUGUCCCAAGACUCUCUGAUGCUCAACAUGAUCGUCAAGUUCUUGGAGGCUUUUGACACCAAACAGCAAGAAACUGAACGUCGUCAGCAGCUUGCAGAUAAACUGGAUAAAAUUUGCUUUUGGUUAUAUUUAGUUGUUACCUUUGCAUACUUGGCUGCUAUGACUUAUGUUAUGGUAAGGUAUGAAUGCAUAGUUGACCAUUUUACAUUUUGGGACUGAUGCAUCUGUCAAAAAAAUUCAAAAUCGUCUCUGAUCAUGUGUGUUAUAAAAGAUAUAAUUAGAUGACUUUGAGGAUAUUAAUCAUAGACGUAUGUUUUGUUAAACUAUGUAACCAGUCAUAAGUCAAAGCAAGACAGGUGUGUUUGUUUACAUUUUGUUUGUGCAGUAAAAGAAUAACAAAAAAUGAAGCUACACAUCAAAAUAAAUGCUUAAACCUACUUUUAAAACACGUGGAUUGGAUUGCAGUGGGACACAUGCAAGGCUUUUGUGAGUAUUUUAAUUAAGUUCAAACAGAUUGAUUUCAGUAAUAAUUUGCUGGACUGAUCCCAAGUUUUCUGAGAAACAGGACACAGAGAGUAAGAGUUAAAAAUUGUCUCUUAACUUAUUAAGCUUGCAAAAAUGUGCCAGAGAUGACAUAACAACAGCUCCAUCAUAAAGUAUACUGAUUAUUAUGCAUGGCAAAUUCCUGACUCAAUAUUUAUAUAUAUAUGUAUGGGUUAACAUCUAGCUUUUAUGGUUGUUGCUAUAAGGUUCCGCUUGAUUAUUAUAUAUGACGCUUUGCUUAAAAUUAUACAUACACAACGGACAGGGAGAGGAAGGUGGGAAAGAAAGAAGGGGUAAGAAAUAUCGAAAUAAUCCCCAGAUGCCCCAGUGGGGGAAGAGGUGCCGGCCACACCCCAUCUGCGGCGUCCCACAGAAGCCGCAGAUCAACCCCACCGAAGCAUCCAGCCAAUCACAGCUGCUCCAGGCCUCCACAUUCAUACGGUCUGUAUGGAUAGAGGUUGGGCGGAUCUAAUCAUCCUUUGUCUUUGGUUCUCUGUAGCAUUUUUAACCUAAUUUCCAAAGAAAUUUGUUACUGGAAGAAUCUGAAGAUGUCAUAAGUUUUCUUUAACCCAGUACAUUUUGGAACCAGCUCCCUCUGGACAUGUAUGCUACGUCAUUGACCAAGGUCUUGUCAAAUCUAAACUUAAUAGGUUUUUUAUGUAGUAAGGGUUUUUGGCAUGUCAUCUAUAUAUUUUUAUGUUCUAAAUAAUUUCUUGGAUUUUAUUAUCAAGCAAUUUUCCUCUCUGCGCGGCUCUUUUUAAGGACUAUAUGAAUCAAUAAAUUAAAAAUUCUGUGAAUGUUAGACUGCUAAAUGAAAAUAAAAACAGCAGUUGCCCAGUGAUCUAUGACGUUUUAAAAUAGCACAAAGAUUCUUAGCUUUACAUGAUUAUAAAUAUCAUCAAAAGCAAUCAAAUAGAAUUUUGAAUAUGAUUAUUGGUUAAAAAGAACUUUCAAUCCCAAUAGCCAGGAAUUUACAGGAAUCAAUCAUUUGAAUCAGGUCUGCUGCAGAGACUUAACUUAAAACAUGCAAAGCAGCGGUAUUUUAAGAGUUUGGGAACUACAGCUGUGGUUCACAACCCUAUAGACCAUAGGAUUGUCACUUAACUAUAGGCUAUAGUCCUCAAAUAUAUUAUCUCUAACAAGUGACUUUUGUCAAAGAUUGUCAGUGUGUAUUGUUGCACAUUCCUUGGAAGUAUUUUAGAUCAAACAUGGAUUAUUGAAACUAAGUUCAGGAUAAUGUGCAAAAAGUCACGUCAGCACUGCUUCUGCUUCAGGAAACUGUCAUUUUAACACUGAUCAAACAACAAUGACUCUUUUUAUUGUACUCUUACUUAAUCAAUUCCUUCCUUCUCCUUGGUCUCAUGGUUGGGUCAUAUAACUUUAAGGAGUUCCUUCCAGUAGGUCAUGAAACCGCCAUCUAGACUGGAUUUUAAUGGAUUUGAAAGAUUUUAUUAAUUUUUUUUUAGGGUUUUUACCCAUUAGUUUUGAAAAAAUGUUUUUGGAUAUUAAUGCAUCCAAUCAUUAAGUCUUUCUCUCUUUCUCUGUGUCAAUUAUAUUUGUUUGAAUUGUUCUGCCUAUGUGUUAAUUAUAAUCAAUGUAAAUAAAAGAUCAUUACUA